CGCACGCACACACACACACGUAUACUGUACAUACACAUACCGACCUCGCGCACAAUCUCGGGAUUGUCAGUGAUGUCAAUGUCUUUGAUGUUUUGUUGUAUAAAAUGCGCCUUUGAUCUCUGAUGGAAGCCUAAGAAACAAGUGAAAUGGAUGUGAGCAGAGUUUUAGCUCUUUCAGCGCUGAUGCUCAGUGUGCAGACUUCAGCAUCCAAAGUGCUUGGUGGCCAACACAUAUGCAAGCCGGGCACCAACAAGCCCUGCUACAAAAUCGGGUAUUUCGAGGACAGCUGGCGCAAGCUAAACUUUGAAGAAGCCCAGCGGGCAUGCAGGAGCGACGGAGGAGAUCUGCUCAGUAUCGAGUCAUCGGCUGAGCAGAGUCUCAUCGAGGGCUUUAUUCAAGAGCUGAAGGCUUCAGAUGGCGACUUUUGGAUCGGUCUACGCAGAGAGCCAAACUAUGAAGAGAACAUUGUAGACUGCGAGUCACAGUACUACUGGUUGGAUGGCAGUAAGUCAAGUUUCAGGAACUGGCACAUGGAUGAGCCGUCCUGUGGUUACGAGGUGUGUGUGGUGAUGUACCACCAACCCUCGGCUUCUGCAGACGAGGGAAACAGUUACAUGUUUCAGUGGAAUGAUGACAACUGUGAGACGAAGAACAAUUUCAUCUGCAAGUAUACCAAAGAUAUCUUUACAGCACCAGUGACAACAGCGACGACGACAACAGAAGUAGCCAGAAACCCCUUGGUGACGGUUCACGAUGAUGGGAUGAGUGUUGUGGUUGCUGAACAUACAGAUAAUGUAACAAACAUCUUUUACAUUGUUCUCCCUACGAUUCCGCUACUGCUGCUCCUGAUCGUAGCAAAUGGAGUUUUCUGCUUCAAGCUGUUCACAAGAAGGAAAAGAAAGCAAACAGAGACUCCUGCAGAUAAGCAUGGAACCUGGCCCCCAGGAGCACGAUGCAGCAGCCCAAGUCCGGAUGUGUACAAAGUGAUCCGAAGGCAGCAUGACACUGAUGUGAGCGACAACUGGCCACACACCAAGAACACCUCGUUCCUGGGCUCCUCCCCAGACACACCGACCGAUGAGUAUGACAAUCUGGGAGGCCACGACACUGAGAGCGGCUUCGUCACACUGGCCAGUACAGAGAGUGGUUUUGUCACCAAUGACCUUUACGAGUCUUACCAGAACCGUUCCAGUACCAGGUACCCCAAGGAACACAGCUGGCUGGAUAAUGAGCUCUACAGCUACUGAAGAAGACUUUGCGCUUUCAGAUUCUUUGUGAUGAAAGGGGCCUCAGGUCUUGAAAGUCCUCAGACAUUUCAAAGAACUAAGUAGGAAAUCAGGAACUGGUUUAGUUUGCUAACGUAAAAGGGCACCUCGAUGGAAAACCUAAGGUUGAGAUUGACGCGUUGUAAUCAGUUAAGCAUAAUUUCUGACUUAGUCUCCUAUGGUAGGCAACAUAAAAAGGCCCAGAGUCUUAAAUAAUCUACGAUGGUGAUCAGCUCCCUGAUUAUGGAAAUACAAAGACAUUUCAAAAGACAUUUCUGCAAUGAGUGCACAGUGUGCACUGUUGUAUUCGCAUGGAAUGACUGCUUAAACAUGAAAUUCAACAUUGAUGUGACAUUGUUCUGUAUGUGCUUGUGCCUCAUCAUGUUGGGUUUGCAUGGCCUGGUUAUGC